GAACUCUGGAACACGAGGAGUCUAAGAUCAUGCGUGUCCAGCUGGAGCUCAACCAGAUUAAGGGUGAGGUGGACAGGAAGUUGGCAGAGAAAGAUGAGGAGAUGGAGCAGAUCAAGAGGAACAGCCAGAGGGUGAUUGACUCCAUGCAGAGCACUUUAGAUUCUGAGGUCAGGAGCAGAAACGAUGCCCUGAGAAUCAAGAAGAAGAUGGAGGGAGACUUGAAUGAGAUGGAGAUUCAGCUGAGCCACGCCAAUCGCCAGGCUGCUGAGUCCCAGAAGCAGCUGAGGAAUGUGCAGGCGCAACUGAAGGAUGCACAACUGCACCUUGAUGAUGCUGUCAGAGCACAGGACGAGUUCAAGGAACAAGCUGCAAUGGUGGAGCGCAGGAACGGUCUGAUGGUAGCUGAAAUCGAGGAACUUAGAGUUGCUCUGGAACAGACGGAGAGAAGUCGCAAAAUCGCUGAGCAGGAGCUGGUGGACGCCAGUGAGCGUGUUGGACUUCUGCACUCUCAGAACACAAGCCUUUUGAACUCUAAGAAGAAGCUUGAGGCCGAUCUGGUCCAGGUCCAGAGUGAAGUGGAUGACACGGUUCAAGAAGCAAGGAAUGCAGAGGAGAAGGCCAAGAAGGCCAUCACUGAUGCUGCUAUGAUGGCUGAGGAGCUGAAGAAGGAGCAGGAUACCAGCGCUCACCUGGAGAGGAUGAAGAAGAACCUGGAGGUCACUGUUAAGGACCUGCAGCACCGCCUGGAUGAGGCUGAGAACCUGGCCAUGAAGGGUGGCAAGAAGCAGCUCCAGAAACUGGAGUCCAGAGUACGUGAACUUGAGGCAGAGGUUGAGGCUGAGCAGAGACGCGGAGCAGAUGCCAUUAAGGGUGUCCGCAAAUAUGAGAGGAGGGUGAAGGAGCUCACCUAUCAGACUGAGGAAGACAAGAAAAACGUUAACAGGCUGCAGGACCUAGUUGACAAGUUGCAGCUCAAAGUCAAGGCCUACAAGAGGCAGGCUGAGGAGGCGGAGGAGCAGGCCAACACUCAUCUGUCCAAGUGCAGGAAGGUGCAGCAUGAGCUGGAGGAGGCUGAGGAGCGCGCUGACAUCGCAGAGUCCCAGGUCAACAAGAUGAGAGCAAAGAGCCGUGACUCUGGCAAGGGAAAAGACACAGCUGAGUGAAGAACUUCAGUUGAUGGGCUGUUUCUUAUCAUAUAAUAUGAUGUGAAAUAUACCACAAUAAAGUAAUUUUAUUUUAAA